AUGGGUGGCUGGCUGGCCAGGCUGGUCCAGUUCAUGCAGCUGCUGGCACUGAUCAUGUACAGUGUGGCAUGGGUCAGCAUCCUGGAUUUCCUGGUCUUCAUGUUUGCAUGCCACUGGGAGGAGGUGUCUGUGAUGUCCAGCGUAACGCAUAUCGUCUUUGAGAAGUCCUGCGUGACCAUGCCCCACCUGGCGCACAUGGCCUUUGCCGUCGUGGUCACCCUGACCUUCAUGGCCACAUGCCUCGGGCUGUCAGUGGGGGACUGCGACCUCAACCCCUUGACGCGCAACAUGUUGGCCACACCCGCCGCCAUCACCAACCUCACAACCCUUGCGCUCAAGAUGGUGAUGGUCGUACUGUCCACCGCUGGCGGCUCAAACCCCAAGCUUCAAAGUGUUGUGAUGGCGGUGUGCUCCGGCUACAUAACAUACCAGAUGAUCAUGGCGGCAUCAUACUACAACGACUGGGUCAACCACGUUUGGAACGGGCUUUGGACCGGCAAUGUCUACACCUGCAUUUUGCUGAAUGUCGUGACAUACAAGUACCCUGAUAACCCCGCAAUGAGAGAACAUAUCACAUGGGCUGUCCUGUACGGCAUAUUUGCGGCAGUGCUGCUGGGCGCGGCCGCCAGCGCGGCGCGGCUGUGGUGGCUGCGGCGGCCGCUGAAGGUGCUGCGCGCAGCCAAAGACGACCCCGAGGCGCUGCGCAACCUGGGCAAGGUGUACCGAUUUUCCAGCACCACAGAGGUGGAGAUCCUGGCGCGUGUCAUGCGCAAGUGGGAUGAGGACGGCCAGCCUGAUGAGGAGGCCUGCGCCCUGGGGGAGUUCACGUGCAAGUGCGGCUUGGCGCGCUUCCCCAACAGCGCCACCCUCAUGAUCGCCCUGGCCAACUUUCAAAUAGAGGCCCGCAAGGAUGGUCACGCCGCACGCACCCAGCUGCAGCUGGCCGUCAAGGCCAACCCUUCCACCAUAGAACGCUUCUUCAUCUUCAAGCGCGUGUUCUGGCAGGCGCUGCUCCACGACACUGUCGCGUUCAAGAGCCUCCAGACCAGCUUUGCCGUCAUGAGCCAGGCAGAGAAGCAGGCUGCGCAGAUAUACCGCAGGGUCCUGGAGCGGUAUCCCUCCAACGGGCGCCUGCUGAAGAUCUACGGCCGCUUCCUAGAGUGGGUGCGCAAUGAGCCCAGCGUGGCCCAGAGGUACUACGCAGAAGCCAUGAAGCAGGGCAUGGGGGAGAGCCUGCUGGCUCUCAUAGGGGGCGCGUCAGGCAGCGAGCAGGACGGGGGGCUCAAGGCCCUGGGUGCAGUUGACGAGAAGAGUGACGGCAUCGUAGUGCUCAACACCGCAGGCACGAUCAUGGCCGUCAACAGGGCUGCCUUUGAGAUGUUUGGGUACUCAAAGGGCGAGCUGGAGUCGAAGAAUGGCGAGCAAGGCAGCGUUAACAUGCGCAACACUUAA